GCCAACAACUGAACGGAGCAAAAUUAUCUGACGGCUUUGUCUCGACUGUUUAACACCUCUUGCUUCUUCUUCUUUCAAAUUCAUGUGAGUUUUCUUCAUCCACUGAAUCUUUACAACCCGCGAAGGACAACAACGGAAUAACCAUUGUCGAAUAAUGGAGGCCCUAAGCAGCAGCUACUUCACCAUUAAACCUCAGCCUAACUUACCUCAUUCUUUCCAUCAAAGGCUUGUGAAAUCUCCAUACAAGAUAAGCUUCAAUGGAAGUGGCAAUUUGAUUGUGAAAGCAUUAGCAGCACCACUUCCUCCUUUCGAACCUCAGAGUCGAAAACCGAAAAAAUUCCAUGAAAAUGAUGCAUUCCCAAACUCUAUACCGAUUCACAGAAAAAAUCCACAUGCUAUUUACAAAGACAUCCGGAAGUUUGCCCGCGAGAACAAACUCAAAGAAGCUCUUGCUAUAUUAGACUACAUGGAUCGCUUUGGCAUUCCGACUAAUGUUACGACAUUUUCAUCGCUCAUUGCUGCUUGCGUGAGAGCCAAAUCCAUCGAUGCGGCAAAACAAGUACAUGUGCAUAUAAGGAUAAAUGGUCUCGAGAAGAAUGUAUUCCUCCAAACGAAGCUCGUUAACAUGUACGCGAGCUGCGGGUCCAUCGAGGAUGCGAAGAGGUUGUUCGAAAGUAUGAGUGUCACAAGUAUCUAUCCUUGGAAUGCACUGCUUAGAGGUAAUGUAGUUUUGGGUCACCGAAAUUACCGAGAAGUGUUAAGCUCGUUCUUGGAAAUGCGUUAUGCUGGCGUUGAGCUGAAUGUUUACACCUUUUCUUGUUUGAUCAAGAGCCUGGCGGGGGCACGUGCGUUGAAUCAAGGUUUGAAAACUCACGGCAUUCUGGUAAAGAACGGUUUGUUGGGAAGCUGUAUAACAAGGACUAGUUUGGUCGACAUGUAUUUCAAGUGUGGGAAGAUUAAUUUGGCGUGUAGAGUGUUCGAGGAAGUCGAGGAGAGGGAUGUAGUUGUAUGGGGAGCAAUGAUUGCAGGUUUUGCUCACAAUAGAUUGCAAUGGGAGGCAUUGGCGUACACGAGAAGGAUGGUGAAUGAAGGAAUAGAAGUUAAUUCGGUUGUAUUGACGAGCAUUCUUCCCGUUAUUGGAGAAAUCCUUGCACCGAAAAUUGGGAAGGAGGUUCAUGCAUACGUGAUCAAGACGAAAGGGUACUCGAAGCAGUUGUUCAUUCAAUCUGGUUUGAUUGAUAUGUAUUGCAAGUGUGGUGAUCUGGCUUCGGGUCGAAAGGUAUUCUAUGGAUCAAUGGAGAGAAACACUAUUUCUUGGACCACACUUUUAUCGGGAUAUGUUGCAAAUGGGAGGCUUGAUCAGGCAUUAAGAUCCAUCAUUUGGAUGCAACAAGAAGGAUUUAAACCUGAUGCCGUGACCGUCACCACAGUUCUUCCUGUCUGCGGGAAGCUGAGGGCAUUGAAACAGGGGAAGGAAAUUCAUUCUUUUGCUGUCAAGAACGGUUUUUUGCCAGCUGUGUCGAUUGCUACUGCCCUAAUGAUGAUGUACACCAAGUGUGGUAGAUUCGACUAUUGCCUGAAAGUUUUCGAUAGCAUGGAGAGGAGGAAUGUUAUAUCAUGGACAGCGAUGAUAGAAUGCUACAUAGAAUGUAAACUGUUUCACGAAGCGCUUUCUGUUUUCCGGUUGAUGCAAUUGUCGAAACACAGGCCGGACUCUGUUACAAUGGCGAGGAUAUUAAGUGUCUGUGGGGAACUUAAAGUAGAAAAAUUCGGGAAGGAAAUACAUGGACAGGUUUUGAAGAAAAAUCUGCAGUCUGUCCCUUCUGUGUCUUCAGAGAUCGUGAGAAUGUACGGGAGCUGGGGAAAACUUGAUACAGCAAAAUCAGCAUUUGAAGCCAUUCCAGUUAAGGGAUCGAUGACAUGGACUGCCAUUAUUGAGGCUUACGGGUGCAAUGGUCAAUAUCAAGAAGCUAUACAUGUCUUUGAGCAAAUGAUGUCGGGUGGUUUUUCUCCAAACCAAUUCACUUUCAAAGUGUUGCUAUCUAUUUGUGAGAAGGGGAGUUUUGUCGAUGAUGCACAGAGGUUCUUCAGUUUGAUGACUCGAAAAUAUAAGAUUAAGGCAUCUGAAGAACACUACUCUAGCAUUAUUAACCUUCUUAUUCAUUCGGGUCGGAUAGAGGAGGCUGGGAAAUUUAUGGAGCUUAGAUCAUCGUCGGUUAGGCCAUAAGAGAAAAGCC